AUCCAACAUUUUUGUAAUCACAAAGUUGCUCUGUGAUAGCGAAAGCUUCACGACGUGUGCGUGAAUCUUCUUCAAUUCCGAUAUUCUCGCGCAGUUUUUCACCGCGGGGACGAAGCGGUUCUCAAGUUCUCGCACGAGAAGUUGCGCGGUUCUCGUUCCCAUAUUCUAGCAUGUGUUACCGAUUCUCUGAGGUAUUGAAGAAGUGUUCAAGGUACCGUUUGAUUGAUCAGGGGAAGCAGCUACAUGGGAUUAUGGAGAAGCUAGGGUUAGGGUUUGAUUUGGUCCUGAACAAUAAUCUCAUUGAUAUGUACGCAAAAUGUGGCACUAUGAAAUUGGCAUGUUUGGUGUUUGAUAAAAUGCCACAAAGAAAUGUGGUGUCUUGGACGGCUCUGAUGUGUGGUUAUUUGCAAAAUGGUGAUCCAAAUGCCUCUUUAGUGUUGUUCUCUAAAAUAGGGCUAUCUAAUAUUAAGCCUAAUGAGUUCACACUUUCUACUGCUCUAAAAGCUUCAACGGUUUUGGGUGUACCUCAGAAUGGAAUGCAGAUUCAUGGGGUUUGUGCAAAAUCCAAUCUUGAUGUUGCGCCUGUCGUGGGAAAUUCGAUUAUUGACAUGUAUUCCAAGUGCGGACGGGUUGGCGACGCGGCUAAGAUGUUCGAUGCUAUGCCAGUGAGGAACCUUGUGAGUUGGAAUGCAAUGAUUGCCGGAUACACCCAUGAGAGAAAUGGUGAAGAGGCUUUGAAUCUGUUUAGGGAGAUGCAAGAAAAGGGAGAAGUUCCUGAUGAAUAUACAUAUUCAAGUACUUUAAAGGCAUGUAGUUGUGUUGGCAUGAUCGCUGAAGGAUCGCAAAUACAUGCUGCCUUAAUCAGACAAGGAUCUUCAUACUUGGCUCAAUCAACUGUCGCAGGUGCUCUGGUUGAUUUUUAUGUCAAAUGCAGACACAUAGCCGAAGCUAGGAAGGUGUUCGAUCAAAUUGAACAUAAGAAUGUGGUAUCUUGGAGCACACUUAUUCUUGGCUAUGCUCAAGAAGACAAUUUGCAAGAGUCCAUAAACUUGUUUCAUCAGUUGAGAGAGAGCAGACAUAAGGUGGAUGGGUUUGUGCUCUCAAGUCUCAUAGGUGUGUUUGCUGAUUUCGCCCUUGUGUUGCAGGGGAAGCAAAUGCACGCUUACGCCAUCAAAGUCCCAUUCGGAUUAGAAGCAUCAGUGGCAAAUUCAGUUUUAGAUAUGUACCUGAAAUGCGGAUUAACAGACGAGGCAGAUGCACUUUUCAGAGAGAUGCCAACAAGGAAUGUUGUUUCGUGGACGGUUAUGAUUACUGGUUAUGGUAAACAUGGUAUAGGUUACAAGGCAGUUAAACUUUUCGCCAAAAUGCAAGUUCAUGGAAUCGAACCUGACAGUGUGACAUACUUAGCUGUGCUCUCAGCUUGCAGCCAUACAGGACUCAUCAAAGAAGGACAACAAUACUUCUCCAGUUUCCUUAGCAAUCCCCAUUUCAAACCACAAGUAGAGCAUUAUGCUUGCAUGGUUGAUCUCCUUGGACGUGCCGGGCGCUUAAACGACGCGAAGGAGCUCAUUGAGACGAUGCCCUUGAAGCCAAAUACCGGUAUAUGGCAGACACUACUUAGUGCUUGUAGAAUGCAUGGGGAGAUGGAGAUGGGUGAAAAAGUGGGAGAGAUAUUAUUGAGAAUGGAUGGUAAUAAUCCAGUGAACUAUGUCAUGUUGUCAAACAUGUAUGCUGAUGCAGGAUAUUGGAAUGAAAGCGAGAAGAUAAGAGAGAAAGUGAAGAGGAAGGGAUUGAAGAAAGAGGCUGGGCGAAGUUGGGUAGAAAUAAACAAGGAAAUCCACAUUUUCUUCAAUGGAGAUAGCACACAUACACUCAUAGAGAAGAUUCAUCAAGUGUUGAGAGAAAUGGAGAAGAGGAUGAAGGAGGAAAUAGGGUAUGUUCAUAACAUGAAUUUUGCGUUGCAUGAUGUUGAAGAGGAAUCAAAGGUGGAGAGUUUGAGGUACCAUAGUGAGAAAUUGGCUAUUGGAUUGGUUUUGGUCAGUGGUGGGGUAAAAGGAGAGAGGAUGGUUAGGAUUUUCAAGAAUUUGAGGGUUUGUGGUGACUGCCAUACCUUCAUCAAGGGUCUCUCUAAGGUUUUGAAGAUUGUAUUUGUGGUGAGAGAUGCAAAUAGGUUCCACAGAUUUGAGAACGGUCAAUGUUCUUGUGGAGAUUAUUGGUAAUACAAAAUCAUAAUUAACACCACGCCUUCAUGAAUGUCGUUUCCUCUGACUUCUUGAAGAGAAUUGUUGAAGAUAAAUUUCUUAAUCAUACUUCUAAUUUCUGAACUAGGAUCAAAUUCAUGCAAAAUAGGUUCCUACAAAUUGGCCUUUUUUUUUAUACUUACAAAACCAGAGAAGUGUUGCUGCACUUUUUACAGAGGAUAAAAACCCAAGUUAUUUUUGUCAGUGCUAGAAUAUU